AUGACGAAACAUCAAACUCGAGAAACGGAACCAUUAAAUGAUACAAUUAUUGAAAUGAAAGGCAAAUCAUUUACACUGCAAGUGAGCGCACAGUCGGGUGCCAUACAAACCAUUACAGUGAACGGUACGACCCAUCGACUCAAUCAAUCAUUCCUAUGGUAUCAGAGUGUCGGCCGAAACGGCACUCCCGGUAUUGAAGACUCCGGCAGUUAUAACUUCUGUCCCAAUGGGUCCGCACAUGCAUUCCCUGCCGAUCAACAGCGGCUACUGUCCCGUCACGUGUCCGGUGGCGUACAUGAGCUCAAUCAGUGGCACUCGGAUUACGCCAAACAAACU